GCUAGCGCACAAAGCAUGCAGCACCUUCAGUGCCCAGUCGAGAUCGCAUCUCAGCGUCCUCCAAACCACGUUUCGCACACGUUUUUGUGGCGCACUACACCCGGAACUAGUGAUUGCUUUUUACGAGCACGCUGCAGCAUCAUGUCACCACAUGCUGGCCAUCUUAUCUCAGUCAGGCAGGUGUCCAAGACAAGGAGACAAAUACUCGCCUUGCCAUUUGACACUCGGACUUAUACACAGCAUUGCCAAGCCAGACGGAUGGUGCCAAGACUACGACGACGUUUCUUGGAGACGCACGAACCAUAUUUCGAACGUCUGGAAUUCCGCUCUGGCCUAUCUCGACGCAUGAAAUGCCUCGGUGCUUACCUACCACAUGGCACUCAAGCGCGCCCUUCCACUCCUUCACUGCUGCAUCGGCCCCUCUUUUCCCGCUGUCUUCUCCUCUCUGGGCUUCCCUCUCCCCCCCCGCGCGCAACAAUGUUUGACAGUUUCUGUCAAAGUCAAAUCAGAGUCAGAGAAAUGAUCGGCCGAGUGGGCCCGCGGUCGGACAGGCGGAGGAAUAGCCUAAUGAAGGAGUGUUACAUCCACUGCACUUUUGGCCUGCAGUGCUCUUCGAGAACCUGUCUCAUGUCAUCUGUUGAACCCUGCCACCAGCCGCCCGCAGAAAAGGAGCCUCUCGGUGAAGAUGCCGUUCCCAGCGAAGCUCCCCUUGGCCCGCACGUGGCCGGAGAGAUACCCCGGGUUUUAUCUGCUGCUUGGUUUGCUUGCUUGCCUGUGGAUUCCCGUUGGUUUUAUAUAACCCUCCGCGUCUGCAGUCUGGACCUCUAGACCUCUGGACCUCCUCCAUCUGAUGUCGACUGCCCGCUCACCAGUCACCAGAGGCAAAUUGCCAACGUUAAAUCGACGUCACGCAGCAUCCGAAAUCGGGUAAGACGGGCGGCUGUGCUCCAGAUUGACCUUGCCUCGCGGAGCACUUGGGUCAUCACAAUGUCAAAAUAACGACGGGCCUCGAACAAACCUUUUACCUUUCACCACCAACAAAUAACCGCCGACUGAGGAGGAGCAUCAUCACCAGCAAUCAUGGGACAAAAGCAAUCCAGUGUGCCGGCAACCUUUUUCUGCCCCAACACGGGCGAGGAGCUCGAGAACCCUCUCGGCCUCUGCACCCACUGCCAGGCCGCCCACGACAUCAUCUGGCAGUCUGUCUUCAUAUGCCCCAAUACAGGCUACAGAAUAGACACUCUUUCUCGACGACCCGACAAAGAAUGCCCCUCUUGCUUUCAGAUGCACCAGCCAUACAGCAAGCGAGUCUACAUCUGUCCAGUCACCGGCGCCCAAAUCCCACACCCCAAAGAGACGGGCGGGAAAUGCCAAAAGUGCAAACGUAGCCACGAAGACAACUCGACGCCCAUGACCAGCAAGGAGGCCGUGAUGGCGAGGGGCCUGAGAGAUUGA